GGCUCAGGCCUUCUCCAACGCCCCAUCGCCGAGUGCCACCGUGCUGGUCCCCUGCUCGUUGGAGGCCCCGACGCGCCCUGCGCGCGCAGGCCAUGGCCGCCCAUGUGCCCCGUGUGCCCAAGAGCCACGACGACGGCAGCCCCGAAGCGUACGACGGGCUGCUGGCCCGGAUCGGCGCCAUGAUGGACGAGCACCACAGACGCAUGGUCGGGGACAUUGAGCAGCUGCUCGAGGGCCAGGACAGGCCCCCGCGCCCGCUGCAGCCCAGCGGCCCCGCCGGGCAGGGCUGCGCGGCGGGCCCGGCGAAGGCAGAGGCGCCGCCGACGGCCAGCCCGUCCAGCGGAGCCGCCGGCGCUGUGGCCGGCGAGGGCGGCGCUGCGCCCUCCUCGGCGAGCGCGUCCUGGCCGCGCUCCCCGCGCGGGGAGCAGAGCGAGCAGCCGGUGGCGCUGCUGCCGGCUCCAGGCGCGCGGCAGAAGAAACUUGAGCCGGCAGCGCAGGCACGCGCGGCCGAGGCCGACGACCUGAGCUCCAGCGCGACGGCGCAGAGGGCCCUGAAGCCCCCCGCGCCGAGGACCCCCCCGAAGACCAAGCUGUCCUUCAUGGCGGAGCUGCUGCCGCGGGGCGGGAGCAUAGAAGACCUGCCCAUCGCCAGGAGACUGUCCAAGGAAAAGGCGGCGGUGUUGACGCCAGCCGGCAAGAGGGUGCUGAACAGAAUGAACCACAAUCGAUCCAAGAAGGAGAAAGAGAACGAUGUCGUCGUGGAAGAGGGCCCAUUCUUUCACGUGCUCCGCCGAGUUGUGCAGCAUCCCGGCUUCGACUUGGGAUGCGCUGGCGUCAUAAUCUCGAACUCCGUGCUGAUCGGGUUGGAGGUUGACUGGAAGACCGUCUACGACGGGGAGAUGCCGCACAUGAAGUAUCUGAACUACGCGUGCGCAGUAUUUUUUUUGGUCGAGCUCAUACUGAGGUUGUCCCUGGAUGGCUUCCUGGGAUUUUUUGUCCACUCCGAGAACAGGAAAUGGAACAUGUUCGACAGUGCUCUCGUGACCAUGUCCCUUCUAGAUGCCCUGUUCAUUGACUUCUUCAACCUCGGAGACGACGCCACGGGAGUCUCUGGGGGUCUGAAGACCCUGAAGAUGUUGAGGAUCGUCAGGAUUUGCCGCGUCUUCCGUUUCUUCGCUGAGUUGAACCACUUGGCUGUGAUGAUCAUCGAUUCUUUGAUGUCGCUAGUGUGGGCAUUGGUCAUGCUCUUCAUCGUUGUGUACGUGUUCGCGAUCUUCUUCACCCACGGGGUCACAGAUAAAGUACGAUCCAGCCGGACCAUGACGCCGGCCGAGCUGGAGCUGGACCCCAUCGCCCGGCACUUCGGCUCGCUCUGGCAGACGCUCCAGACGUUGUUCCAGUCCAUGUUGAACGGUAUAAGCUGGCAUGUGUUGACGGACGCUCUGAGGGAGGUCCACCCGACGUUGCUAGUGUUGUUCCUGUUUUACAUAUCUUUCUCCAUGAUGGCCGUUCUCAAUGUUAUCACAGGUGUUUUCGUCGACAGUGCCGUGGAUGCAGCCAGGACGCAGCGGGAGUAUCUCGUUCAAAAGGAGAUAGAGCUCAAGGAGAAGUGGUGCCAGGAGAUGCGCAGCCUGUUCCACGAGAUGGACGCCGACGGCUCCGGGACGGUGUGCCUGUCUGAGGUGAGGUUUUUUUUUAACGACGAUCGUCUCAGGUCCUACUUCACUGCGCUCGGGCUUGAGACGCAGGAUGCAGAGAGGCUCUUCUUGCUCUUGGACGAGGGCGAGACGGGUGACAUCGACAUCGACAUGUUUCUGAACGGUUGUUUGAGGCUGAAGGGCACCGCGCGCAGCAUCGACGUCUACCAGCUGCUGCAGGACAACAGGAAGAUGUACAAUAGAGUUCUCGACUUGCAGGAGGCCGUCGCCACCGCGCUGAAGGGCGGGAGCGUCGGGCCGUCGGCGCACGCGAAGGGGUCCUGCACGCCCCAGGGCGACGGCUCCAAGCGCAACUCGGAGGUGCAGAGGCGCGACUCCUCAGGAUGCAGCAUCGUCGUCGAGCAGUUCUAGCGCCUCUGGGGCGAGGCCGCGCCGCGAGGGGGUCGCCCCGGCCACGCCGUGAGGGAGGUGGUCCCGGGGCGCCGCGGCCGACGGGAGCCGCAGCCUUGUCUGGCCGUGCCAGGCCGCUGCGCCGUUUUCCACGCCCGUCUGUCCAUGGACCGCGGCACGGAACAUGCCGCUGGCAACCUCAGCGCUCGGCGCCAGGCUCGACCUCCUUCACCUGGAACGCGCUGGUCUACUCCUGUGUCUGAGGCGCGCCAUCCGGAGGGAUGCCCGCCUGUUGUGGAAUUCGAGCUGGCUCACCCUUGGUCUCAUGCACACCCCUGGCACAUGACAUCGGAUCGGUUGCGCAGUGCCUUCAGCGCCUGGAAUGACUUGUCGCUUGGCGUUGCUUGGCGGCGUUUGUUGUCCGGUUCUCUGGUUCUCGCGUUUGGACAGCGCGUGUGCCGACGAGCCGUCGCUGUGCACGCCCGACUGGUACGGCUGUUGCUGCUGGUGAUGCUGAUUCUGAUGCUGGUGCUGAUGCUGAUGCUGCUGCUGCUGAUGAGGA